AUGUUUGCUGAAUUUAUUGAAUCGACACAUGGUAAAAAGCAACUAUGUUAUCUCGAUUAUCGAUAUUGUUUCAAACGUAAAAGUCAAAAUGGAUCCGAAUACUGGGUUUUUGUAAAAUGUACAGCAACAGCAACAAGUUAUUCAGAUUUGUCCGUUGUAGUACGUGAUGAACAUACACCUUUACCUGAUGAAAAUGACAAGGUUGUCUUAGAAAUGCGAAAAAAUUUAAAACGAAAAGCUAUAGAAGAUUCUGGUCCAAUAGAUCGUAUAGUCGAAGAAGCUUAUCAUACAAUUAAUAUUAGAUCCAGUGAUUUGAUUAUUAAUUUACCGACUAUUAACACACUAACAAAUAAUUUACAAAAGCAUCGUCGUAAGACUCGUCCGCCAGUUCCUCGAACAAUUGAACAACUUCCAUUACCAUUACCUGAUGUUUAUUGCAAAACAACACAAGGUGAUUGGUUUUUGUUAUAUGAUGGACUACUUGGUGGUACUCGUUCACUCAUUUUUUCCACUUAUAAUGAUAUUGCUUACUUAUCACAACAACAACAUUGGUAUAGUGAUGGCACAUUUUAUACAUGUCCAUCUAUCUUUUAUCAAACUUACUCUAUUCAUGCAUAUCAUGAUGGAAUUUCUACUCCGUGUGUCUUUGCAUUACUUGGAGGUAAAUCUGAAGAAAUUUAUUUUGAUUUAUUUGCAGUAAUAUUCAAGAAAAUCAUGGAAUUUAAACUAUUCAUAAAAUUACGCACCAUUACCAUUGAUUUUGAAUUAUGUGUUGCUAAUGUAUUUACUAAACAUUAUCCAAUUGUUACUAUUCGUGGUUGUUUAUUUCAUCAUGGGCAAGCAUUAUUUCAUAAAUUUGUUGAUAUUGGUUUAAAGACAGCAUAUAAAGACGAUAAAAAUCUUCGUGAUUGGUUUCGAUCUUUCGCAGCUAUAUCAUUAUUACCAUUACAUCACAUGUUAUGGGGUUUACAAUAUUUAUUAGGUAUUAAACCUAAUUAUCCAGGUAUUCAAGAAUUUCUUGAUUAUUAUCAUAAUACCCUCGAUUGUCAUAUUACAAGACGACCUGGGGCUCCGACUCCAAAACGUCGCCAGAACAAUGUUACUUCAGAUGAUUAUUUGAUGAGAUUAUGGCAACGUUAUGAUGAAGGUCGUAUUGAUAUUCCAGCAUUCUUAAAAGCAGCUGGAUUGAGAUAUUUUCAACGUGCACCAAAAAAAAAUAAAUAG